AACUUUGAACUAUAGCGCGUCCGCUCCCGCUCCCGCUCCCGCCACAGCCUAAACCCUAGAGCACUACCGUUGUCGAUUUUUCACUUCUCCGCCGUAGUUGCUGUAGCGAAGAUCAAUAAAUCUAGAUUGCCGCCUUCCUCCAUUUUCACGCGGCGGAUGAGUUUGUGGCCUGUGGAAAAUGAGCUUAAUUUCUCAAAAUGCUGUACCUAAGGAGGCAGGGAAGAAAAAAAAGAGGUUGAUGGAGGAAGACAAGAUUAAACUUGUUGAAGAAAGGGGUGAAGCAGAAGUUUUAGACGGAGACAACAUUAUCAUGGUCACGAGGAAUAAGAAGAGAAAGAAAGGGCAAAAGGAGGAAGGUGACGAGCAAUUGGAAAUCGAGGAGGGGAAGCAGAGAAAAAAGCUGGAAAGCUUUCUCUUUAGCUCCUUGUACUCACCGAUUGGGUUUGGGAAUGAUGAUGCUGAUGAAGAAGCUAUAGGGGAGGUGGACAAUAGCUCAGCAGUGUUUUUCACUGAUAGAUCAGCAGAUAGUACAUUGUCUGUGUAUGAGGAGGAUAUCGAGUCUGGAGAUGAGACUCCUGAUGCACAGAGGAACAAUGAAAGGAAACCCGUGUGGGUUGACGAUGAAGAGAAGAAGACUAGUAUAAACAUAGCUAAAGUUAACAAACUGAGGAAGCUGAGGAAAGGAGAAGAUGAGAGUGUGAUUUCUGGCGAAGCGUACGAGGCAAGAUUGAGAGCUCAGCAUAUGAAGAUGAACCGAGGUACUGACUGGGCACCUCCCAAUGCCCAGCCAGUGUACAGUUCUGAAGAUGACGAUUCUGACAGAGAAAAUAGAGUGGUGGUAGCCAGUGGUUAUGAACAUCCAGAAUAUGCCGAUGAUAUCCUUAGGACAAAUGAAGGUCUUGUUUUAAAGAGGAGUGUGAAAUUAUUGCCUGGGCUUCUUGAAUACUCUAGACUGUCAGAUGCUCAUAUGAAGCACCCUUCACAAGGUCCCGUUAACUCUGUCCAGUUCCACAAGAAUGCGCAGUUGCUCCUUGUCGGUGGAUUGGAUAGAACUUUGAAGUUCUUUCAAGUAGAUGGGAAGAAAAAUGAGAUGAUACAGAGUAUUUUUCUUGAAGACUGUCCUAUUCGAAAGGCUGCGUUCUUACCUGAUGGAUCACAGGCCAUAAUAUCAGGAAGGCGGAAGUUUGCUUAUGCAUUUGAUUUAGUCAAAGCUCAUGUAGAUAAGAUAGCCCCUUUUGCAGGAAGGGAUGAGAAGAGUGUGGAAUCUUUUGAGGUUAGCCCUGAUUCUAAAACCAUCGCCUUUGUUGGAAACAAAGGGUAUAUUCUGUUAGUGUCAUCAAAGACGAAAGAACUGUUCGGAACACUGAAGAUGAAUGGAAGUGUUAGAUCCAUAGCAUUCACUAAUGAUGGACAACAAUUGUUGAGUUCUGGGGGUGAUGGGCAGAUUUAUCACUGGGAUCUGAGGACAAGGUCGUGCUUCCACAAGGGCGUGGAUGAAGGUUGUCUGACAGGCACAGCUCUGUCCGUCCCCCCUGUUGGAAAUUUAUUUGCAGCUGGUUCAGACAGUGGAAUUGUGAACAUCUACAACAGAGACGAUUUCAUAGGUGGGAAGAGGAAACCUAUAAAAGUUAUUGAGAACUUAACGACUAAGGUCGAUUUCAUGAAAUUUAAUCUGGAUGCACAAAUUUUGGCCAUCGGUUCUCGCAUGAAAAAGAACAGCAUGAAGCUGAUUCAUGUCCCGUCUUUAACUGUGUUCUCAAACUGGCCGCCUCCUAAUAAGGCUGUGCACUAUCCGAGCUGUAUGGAUUUUAGCCCUCACGGAGGUUUCAUGGCUGUGGGAAAUGCUGCUGGAACAGUCUUGUUAUACAAGUUGCAUCACUAUACUCGGGCUUAGUAAGUUUCUUAGCAAAUUAGAUUCCAUUUUUGUUGUUAUGCUUCGUGAUUGAGGCUAGUUGACAUGAUCUUUAUUGUGUAAUUUGAAAUGGUUAUAUUUCUUCAUACAAAUAUGAAAGUUUAGUUUUCUGCA